CCAACUGGAAGGCAGUCGUUUGAAUGGGGACUGAGGACUGGACUAAAGUGGCCAGCAUGAGAACCCUGCCUCUACUCGCGUGUGUCUUCUUGCCCCUACUCCUUCUGCCCCACCCUGGCGAUGGAGAGUCGUACUUUGGAGAUAGUUUCUGCACCAUCCAUGCCAUCCAAGAUGUCACCUCAUUCCACCUGUCACUGCAGUUCAAGACAAGCCGCCGCAGUGGGCUCCUUCUCCUGGCUGCUGGAGUCCAGGACUACCUUUCCCUUGAGCUUCUUGAUGGGCAACUACGGGUGCGACUCAACCUGGGCUCUGGUGAGCAGGUGCUCCCAUCGCCUCUUGGUCUUCAGCUGAACAACCUGCUGGAGCACACGGUGGCAGUCACCCGUCAGGACUCCAGCCUCACAAUGUUGAUUGACAACCUCUACAGCAGUUCACUCCCUCUCCCACAACACCAGGAAGACCUUAACAUCGACCUUGGGGUUUUUCUUGGAGGCACAGGUGGUCUGCAAACAAAUUACCUGGAUCAAUCAAUCCCACCGUUACGAGGCUGCAUGAGCAAUGUGAAGUUUGAGUCCCAUAACUUUGACAUCUUGAGGUCUGAGCCGUCUGAAUGCGUGGACACCAAGGACUUGUGUAGCAGUGAAUUUGAGGCUGGAGGUGGUGAAACUAUUAGUUUCAUAAGUCCUGAUUCAUUCAUCUCAUUUCCAACAUGGGAACUGGCUGACACCCGAACUUUAGAGUUCCUCAUAAAGACAACUAUCGAGGAUGCACUCCUGGUUUUCCACGCUGGACAUAAGGAAGAUUUCAUAGCGCUUGGUUUGGCAGGUGGCUAUCUAAAAGGGCUUGUUGACCUUGGAAAUGGAAUUGUUGGGUUGGACAAUGUUGGAGUCCAACUAGAUGAUGACCAGUGGCAUCGUGUAAAAAUACAGCUUGAUCAAGGCAUGUUUGUGAUGAACGUGGACAGUCAGGCAUCGUCGGUUCCUCUGAGUGAGUCUGCAAGUUUGGACCUCACUGGAAACUUGUAUGUGGGAGGUAUAGCAGGGAAGAUGAAGGAAAUGCUUAGAAACAGUGGACCAUUGCUCCGAAUGGAAGAAGAAAUUACUUCAGAGUCCUUUAUUGGCUGUUUGGGCGAGAUAAAAGUUAACCAGAGGGACAGGAGCCUACGAGAUGCUUUAGUCACCAAAGAUGUUCAUGUUAGCUGCGAAGGGGAAGAGUAUGACUAUUCUACCUAUGGUGAAGAUGUUGAGAAGGUUACAACUGCUUCUCCAGUUAUAAUUACACAUGCCGACAUCAAGCCUGUUGAAAGGCAUUGUUAUCCAACCAAUGACACACCAGAGAUGUUUCGUAACAUUACAAAGCUGCUUGACAUCACUCCACUGCUUGUCCCUGAAGGUGGGGAGGCUUUUCUGGACAUCAGCAACCUUCACCCUACAAUUGAUUUGAACAAGGCUGGUAUCAGGCAGUCACAGAUUAUCUUCACUCUUCAAAAAGACCCUUUGUAUGGAUCAGUGGACAUGAAUAUCAACAGCAGGAAAACCAAAAAGUUCACACUUCUCGACAUAAUUAAUAAAAAGAUAAUGUAUAUCCAUGAUGGCAAUGAAAGGUACAGAGAUCAGAUACAGUUGGAGGUUGUCAUGCACAGUUACAGUCAGCUUCCAGAAUGCUUAAAAAACCCCCAGCAGUACAUCCUUCCAGUUGAGAUCAUACCAGUUAAUGAUAUACCCCAACUUAGCGGAGGAGACUUCCCCAUUACACAACAUGGAAGGACUCGUCUCAGUCCUCAGCUCAUAAAAAUUGUGGAUUCAGACACAAGAUGCGACGAUCUGGUAGUCAUGGUAACAUCUGAGGCCACCCUUGAAGAAGGCUACUUGGAGAAUGCAAAGCAUCCAGGUAGAAGCAUUGAUAAAUUCACCUGUAGACAACUGAAAGAUGGAGAUAUUUACUACAUCCACAAAAGCGGAAGGACCGCUGGCUUGACACUACAGGUGUCCGAUGGACACUCGGUUAGUCCAGCAACCACCAUUAGCUUAGCGGUGACUCAGCCAAGCCUGAGUAUAGUCACUAAUACAGGCAUCCUAAUGAAUCAAGGGAGUAACUCUACUAUCGGGAUCCAGCAGCUAGCAGUGGCAUCUACUCCGAAAUAUGGAGAAGUUGUGUACAUCUUAACCCGGGCCCUGAGAUUUGGAGAACUGCAGAUAUUGACAAGUGAGGGUAGAAUGAAGGAGGUGAUGUCAUUCCAUCAGUCUGAUCUGGAGCAGGGCCAUCUCAGGUACAUCAGCACAGAUCCAAGUGAUCAUGAAGACAUAGUUAUUGAGCGAAUUGAAUUUGAUGUGCACCUUGGACAAUUUGUUCUGCAAAACAACACUUUUCUAGUUAAGAUUACACCAUCCAUGGUACGAAUGGCCAAAAUGGUUCCAUUAGAAAUGAAAGAAGGGACACUAAAGGCUAUAACAGAGACAGAGCUUGAGGCUGCUGUUAAAGGAAAAAAUGUGCAGGCAGAUUCUGUAAGGUAUGUCCUUGUGAAGGCCCCAAACCUGGGAAUACUGCAGCUCCUGGACAAAGAUCUGGCUGAAGGAGAUAGUUUCACACAACAGGACCUUCACCAUUCUUACCUGAAUUACAAGGUAAGAACUCGCAGAAACGUGAAUAUGGAGGACAAGUUUCAGUUCAGAGUUUUUGCUGACAAGCAGUACUCACCUGUGUACACCUACCCCAUAAAGAUCCUGUCUGAUCCAGAUGUUCCUGUCAUCACCAAUGAAGGCCUCACUGUGCUUGAGGGUGGGGAGAGCAUACUGAAUAAGGAACAACUCUGGGUUCAAAUUCAAAACUCAACUGAUUUUGUGUACAAGAUUACUAAAGAACCCCAACAUGGCCGUCUAAUAAGAGAGUCCCCACCUGGUCAACCAAGAUUUGAGGGGGCUAUUAAAUUGUUCAGCAAUGAGGACUUGCUUUGGGACAAACUGAUCUACAAGCACGAUGGAUCAAAGACCAGCAAGGAUUAUUUUACUUUCCUUGUUUUUGAUCAAGCCAAGGGUGGGGCCACUACAAAAGACCAAGGCCAGGAGGUGUUUGCUGGGGAUUUCAGAAUAUCAGUACAAAGAAGAAACGACCACAUCCCUCUUCAAGUGGUGGAUAAGACCUUCAAUGUGGUCCGGAAUGGACAGCGUCUUCUUACCACAGAUGACAUCCUGUUCCAUGAUGAUGACUCUGAUUUCAACGACACACAGUUGGUGUACAUGCGCCUGGGAAUCCUCUCAGGGAAUAUCGUCUCAGCUGAGGACAGCUCCCAUCCACUUUUCCGGUUCACUCAGGCCGACCUGAGGGACAAGAAGGUCCUGUUCGUGCACCAUGGUGCAGAUCGUGAGCGGUUCCAGCUUCAGGUAUCUGAUGGUGUACACAAGACCACAGCACUGCUUCAGGUUCAAGCCAGUGAGCCGUACCUUCGUGUGGUGAACAACUCAAUGGUGGUUAUUGACCAUGGCAGUACUAAGACCCUCAACACAAGUUUGCUGAGCGCAGAGUCCAACGUGGAUAUCAGAGAUCUCAAUGAAAUCAUAUAUGAAGUUACAUCACCGCCAAGCAAUGGAAGAAUUAUAGUCAGUGGAAUCGAGUCCCCCAUGUUCACUCAGGAAGACCUAAGGAAGGGUGUUGUGUCAUACCAGCAUGAUGAUCAGAGUAUGAGUUCCAAAGACUCUUUCAGUUUUCGCGUGUCAUCCAAAGGUCUUUUUGUAGACGCUACAUUCAGGAUCAAAAUAUUCAAGCAAGGUUACCUAUCAGAACCAGAGGUUAUCAACAAUGAGGUCAUCAUUUCCUAUGAGGGAGAACACACUGAAAUAACUCAAGAACAUCUAAAGGUGGAGCAGCCAGACAUCCUGCCUUCAGAGAUGGUGUUCACCAUCAGGGACCCGCCCCUCCGGGGACAUGUGGUCAUGUCGUCCCACCCCACUGACAGCACUGCCACCCCCACCCUGGACUAUGUGGAUUCCUUCUCCCAGGAGGACAUUAACCAGAACCGGGUCGUCUAUGUCUCCAUGGCACAGGAGGGCCGUGAUACCUUUACUGUAGAUGUCAGCAAUGGCUUCACUUCGUUGGAGGAUCUGCAGAUUGAAGUGGAUAUUGUCCCACGACAAAUCCCUGUGAAGGCAAUGAACUUCACCAUUAGCGAGGGUGGCAGUGUAGCAAUCAACAGUGACAUCCUGAACAUCACGCACCCAUUCUACAGCUACUCCAAUGUGGACUUCACCAUGCAGCAGCCCCCCAGCCAUGGGAACAUCCAGUUGAUCGAUGAUGGUGACGACCUGAGAUCCUUCACCUGGGAUGAGGUGAAGCAGGGCCUUGUCUACUACCUGCACGACAGCAGCGAGACCACCAAUGACAGCUUCACCCUCAUGGCGUUUGUGAGCGAACUGAGCAGAAGUAGCCAGCCGAUCACCGUGUCCAUCACCGUGCUGCCCAUCAACGACGAGCCCCCCAUAAUGAUGCGCAACACAGGCCUUGAGCUACUUGUGGGAGAAGAAGCUGAAAUCACAGCCAAUAUGUUGACCACUGAAGACCAGGACACCCCUCCGGAAGAGCUGAUUUAUUCCAUAGAAGUUCCAUCCAAUGGCAUCGUGGCCCUGAAAGCGUCGCCCGACGAGAGCAUCCACAGCUUCACUCAAGCCAACCUUAACAACGGCGAGGUCAUCUUUAUUCACAAAGGGUCUCAGUCUGGAGAAUUUGGCUUCACGGUGACAGACGGAGAGCACACCUCACCAUUGUACAGCUUUAUUGUAACGGCCCGCGAGCUCAAAAUCUCCGUGGAAACAGAAGGGGAGCUCAUUGUGUACCCAGGAACAAGGCAAGCGAUCACAAGUGAGGUUCUCAAAGCCGUGAUCAAUGAGGACGGGGACGAGAUCACCUACAGGGUUGUGGAGCGACCACAUCUGGGCCGGGUCGUCUCCACUGCUCGCCGGAACCGUUCCGAAGAGGUCUCCAGUUUCACGCAGUCUGAGCUGGAGUCUGGAUUUGUCUUCUAUGAGCACAAGAUGCCCACCCAACCCUUCUGGGAGGUCCAAGACUCCAUGAAGCUUCUGCUGUCCUCGCACCCAGCACCAGAGCUAGAGCACACCGUACCCAUCACAGUGUCCUACAAUGCAGGGACCCACAGCGGUGCAUCACAACUCUGGAGAAAUGCAGGUCUCAGUGUUGUACGAGGUCAACAGGAGGUCAUUGACAGCUCAAAGUUGGACGCAUCCAACCUACUGGCAAGUGUUCCAGAAUCCGAGAGAGAUGCCCUAGAAAUUGUGUACGAGGUGAAGAAGUUCCCCACUCAUGGGACCCUCGUCCUGGGAGGACGGGACCUGACCCAGGAAGCCCCGUUCUUCCUGCAGGAAGACGUGGAGAAAAAAGACUUAGAGUACCUCCAUAAAGGUAUGGAUGGCACCUCUGAUGACUUCUCCUUCAGUGUGCGGCUCAACCCCCGCAGACAAGGCAUGCAGGCUCCAUCAGGGAUAACCAUAGAGGAGACUUUCAACAUCACUGCUAAGCACGAAGAUCUCAGUCCUCCAGAACUGGUGACCUUGGACCAACUCCUGGAGGUUCUCCAGGGAUCUAGCACAGCCCUCACCAAGAAGUACCUCAACACCAUCGAUGAGGACAACACACCUAAUGAGGUCUUCUUCGUGGUAGUGAAGGGUCCCACCAAUGGUCGACUAGUCAACACCGACUCCGGCAAGGAGAUCAGCAGAUUCACCCAAGAGGAUGUCAAUGUUGGACGGGUGAAGUUCAUCAGCGACGACAGCCUGGCCGAUGGGUUCAUGGAGUUCAAAGUCUCUGAUGGAACACAUAGCACCGAGACCCACACACUCCACAUUGGCAUCCUGGCCCGAACCCUGAUACUGGCCAGAGCUGAGGAGAUCCAAGUGAGGCAAGGGGAUGAUGAAACACCAAUCACAGAGUUAAUGCUGAAGGCCACCACAGGAAGGCAGAGUGAAGAAGAGGUGCUCUACAAGAUCACAAACAUUCCCAAGUAUGCUGCCGUGAUGGUGGACAGGCAACCCACGUCUGCCUUCACACAAAAACAAAUCAAGGAAGGCAGGGUGAGUGUCCGCUUCAUCAAGUCCACAUCUCCAAGGGACAGUGUGGCAUUACUGGCUCGAAGCAGAGCAGCUAAUGUGUCCACCGUGCUGAACAUAACCACAAAGCCCUUGGUGAAACUCCCUAACAACCCGGUUCUACCAAGGGCCACAACCGUUCUGGUAGACACUAACAUCCUGGAUGCUUCUGCAUUAGCGAACAAGACCAGGGCUACGCCGUCAUUCACCAUUACCCAGCAGCCACGAGGGACCAGGUUUGUGAGAGUCGGGGCUGGAGCAGAUGGCCAGCAAGUGAGCACCUUCACACAGCGAGACAUAGAAGAAGGACGGGUGGCUCUGGAGAUUCUGAACGACACCAGGGCCGGAGAUCAAAUUCGAGAUAAUAAGGUACAAUUCCUUCUCUCCGCACAUGGGGUUCCUCCAGCAGAAGGAACGCUGGCAUUCAGGACAUCGCCUUACAACGCCUCUGCAGCCUACGGAGGCAUUCUCCUUAAAGUUCCCUCCGACUCCAGCAAGAAAACCCCGGGCGAGGACUCCUCAUCUGACCCAAAGCACCGAGGAUACGGAACCGACGCUUUAAAGCCCCCCACACGAUCCCCUGACAGCAGGAAGCCCUUAGUGUCACGUCGGAACAACCUGUGGUCCAUUCUCAUUCCCAUCCUGGUCAUCCUCCUACUCCUGCUUCUGGCGGGCAUGCUGGCCUACUACCUGGUGCGGCGGAACAAGACAGGAAAACAUGACGUCCAGAAUGUCUCUGCCAAGCCCAAAAAUGGGGAGCCCAACCAGGAGACGUUCCGAAAGACCGAUGCUGCCAACACCAUCCCCAUGUCUAACGUGGACUCCAAGGAGCCUGACCCGGAGCUGCUACAGCACUGUCGGACCACAGGCCCGGCCCUGAAAAAGAACCAGUACUGGGUAUGAGAAUUUAUGACGGGUUGAGAAGAGAGAUGUAGAACUUCUCCUAUUUCAAAUGUUGAAAACUUCUUUCAGUGUUAAAAAAAAACCUUUUACUCCAUUAGUAUUAGGAAUCCAAUCAAAAUAAGUCUAUCCUAGGUGCUUCUCGGAGAGAACACCUUCCUCAGGUUCUCAAACACUGACUUUUUUUUGUCCAAAACAAUCCAUCGUUUUUGAAAGCAAAACUUCUUUUCUCAGUUUAUUUAUUGUGGUACGCCUUUGCUGGACCUUCAGCAUUUUUACAUACACGGGACAGAAGCUCUUUGAGGGUGUAAACAGCAAGAUGAAAAUGUCAAAACGUUCCAUUAUGCUCUAUCAUCUAAAGUUAAUUGGCUAAAUAAUA